CCGCGCCCGCGCCCCGCAGCCCGCGGAGCAGCCUCCGCGCACUGCGCCCGUCCCGCCCGGUGCUGCUGAACGAUGGAACUCCGAGUGGGGAACAAGUACCGGCUGGGCCGGAAGAUUGGGAGUGGUUCCUUUGGAGACAUUUACCUGGGUGCUAAUAUUGCUACGGGUGAAGAGGUGGCUAUCAAGUUAGAAUGUGUCAAAACGAAGCACCCUCAGCUUCACAUUGAGAGCAAGUUCUACAAGAUGAUGCAGGGAGGAGUGGGCAUUCCCUCCAUUAAGUGGUGUGGGGCAGAGGGGGACUAUAAUGUGAUGGUGAUGGAGCUUCUGGGGCCCAGCCUGGAGGAUCUCUUCAACUUCUGUUCUCGCAAGUUCAGUCUCAAGACUGUGUUGUUGCUGGCUGACCAGAUGAUCAGCCGUAUUGAGUACAUUCAUUCCAAGAACUUCAUCCACCGGGAUGUGAAGCCAGACAACUUCCUCAUGGGGCUUGGGAAGAAGGGCAACCUAGUGUACAUCAUUGAUUUCGGCUUGGCCAAGAAAUACCGAGAUGCCCGGACCCACCAGCACAUCCCCUACCGGGAAAACAAGAAUCUAACUGGCACAGCUCGCUAUGCUUCCAUCAACACCCACUUGGGAAUUGAACAAAGCCGCCGUGAUGACCUGGAGAGCUUGGGCUAUGUGCUCAUGUAUUUCAACUUGGGCUCGCUGCCCUGGCAGGGCCUCAAGGCUGCCACCAAGCGCCAAAAAUACGAGCGUAUCAGUGAGAAGAAGAUGUCCACACCCAUUGAGGUGCUCUGCAAAGGAUACCCUUCUGAGUUCUCGACGUACCUCAAUUUCUGCCGCUCGCUGCGGUUCGACGACAAGCCUGACUACUCGUACCUGCGACAGCUUUUCCGCAACCUCUUCCACCGCCAGGGCUUCUCCUAUGAUUAUGUCUUUGACUGGAACAUGCUCAAAUUUGGAGCGGCCCGGAAUCCCGAAGACAUGGAUCGAGAGCGGCGAGAGCACGAGCGAGAGGAGCGGAUGGGGCAGCUCCGGGGCUCUGCCACACGGGCACUGCCACCAGGGCCCCCAGCUGGAGCCACUGCCAACCGUCUUCGCAAUGUCGCUGAGCCCAUGGCUUCCACACCCACUUCCCGAAUCCAACAGUCUGUAGGAAACACGUCCCCCAGGGCAAUCUCACGAGUGGACAGGGAACGGAAGGUCAGCAUGAGGUUACACAGGGGAGCCCCAGCCAACGUCUCCUCCUCUGACCUCACAGGUCGGCAAGAGGUGUCACGGAUUUCAGCAUCACAGACAAGUGUGCCAUUUGAUCACCUUGGGAAGUGAAGAAGGGAUGCCACCGGACCAGUGUUUGCUUAGGAGACAAGCUGCCCCCAUAGCGGUGUGAAACCAUUCUGAGAUUGCCGCCUAUGUUCCCUGACAUCAGCGCCUCCAAGAACCCAACAGCGCGGGAGUCUUACAGAAACACCUCUGCUGCCUUCGUGCAGCUCCCCUCCCUUC